CAUUCGAAAGUCGUAGAUACUGGGCCUACCUAACCCCUCAAAGUCAGUCUCCUUAUCCAAACACCAAAACGGGGUAAAUUAAUGUGAAGUAAGAGCAAUUCAACUCAAACCAAACUGUUCAUACUUGAUUUGCAAGUAUAUUACGGGAAAUGAAGAUACCAAGUAGUUACAAAAAAGAAAGGUUUGGUCAAACAGAAACAUCAACCAAGUAUUGAUUGGAGGAAGCUUCCCAUAGUUCCACAAGCACAAGCUCCAUCCUCAUCCCUCAUCUUGGAUUAGGUAUGGCGGAGGUUGCGGUUACAAUUGUAGUUGAAAAGCUAGCAGAACUGCUGGUCCAGCAAGCAGCGGAGGCAGUUUCAGAGGUGGAAUGCCCAGAGGGGGUGAGGGAGCAAGUAGGGAAGCUCAAGAACGAACUGGCAUGGAUGCAGGGCUUCCUCAAGGACGCAGACGCUAAGCAAAGCAACGAGCGUGUUCGCAUCUGGGUCUCUGAAAUCAGGGACUUGGCCUUCGAAGCCGAGGAGCUCAUUGACACCUACAUGUACAAGGCAGCCAUGCACACCCGCCAUCUGGACAAGCUUCUAAGACCCCUCCACAUGUACAAGCUUGCAAGGAGAAUUGACAGGAUCAUGUCCAAGAUCAAGGACGUCUCCGCCAGGCGCGAAGCUUAUGGCGUCCGAGGCGAAUCGCGCGAGGAUAUUAACCUCACUAGUAUUGAGAGUUUGAGGCACUGGAGGCAGCCAUCGCCUUACUCGGAAGAAGAGUAUGUUAUUGAACUUGAAGAUGACAUUGAGCUGCUGCUGUCUCAGCUUCUUGCCGUGGAGCCAAGGAACCAUGUAGUUUCCAUAGUUGGCAUGGGGGGUUUGGGAAAAACCACCUUAGCCAAGAAGCUUUACAAUCACAGAAGCGUGGUGAACCACUUUGAGUGCAAAGCAUGGGUGUAUGUGUCGAAGGAGUACAGAAGAAGGGAUGUUCUGCAAGCGAUUCUGAGGGAUGUGGAUGCUUCAAGCAGAGAUGAGGCUGACAGGUUGGAGAGGUUGCCGGAGGAAGAAUUGGUGAACAAGCUUCACAGUGUGUUGGAUGAGAAGAGGUACAUGGUGGUUCUUGAUGACAUUUGGGGAAUGGAGGUUUGGGACGGCUUGAAGUCUGCAUUUCCAAGGAGGAAGAUGGGGAGUAAGAUAUUGCUGACAACUCGGAAAUGGGAAGUUGCUUUGCAUGCCGAUGCGACUAGCAGUCCUCAUCAUCUGAGGACACUGACAGAAGAUGAGAGCUACAGUUUGCUAUGCAACAAGGUCUUCAUCCCUCCGGAGUUGGAGAGCCUUGCAAGGGAGAUUGUGGUGAAGUGUGAGGGUCUGCCCUUGGCUCUGGUUGUGAUUGGAGGAUUGCUGUCAAGGAAGCACAAGUCAAGUGUGGAGUGGGAUCAAGUGCUGAGGAAUAUCAGCUGGCACUUGCUGCAAGAGCAGGAGAGGAUAGCAAGGAUUCUGGAACUCAGCUACAAUGAUUUACCCUCCCAUUUGAAGUCCUGCUUUCUCUAUUUAGGCCUUUUCCCGGAGGGUCUCAACAUUCAGACAAAGAAACUGCUCAGAUUGUGGGUUGCCGAAGGCUUUCUACCGCAGGAAGGCCAAGAGACGCCGGAAGGUGUUGCUCACAGAUACUUGAAUGAGUUGAUUGGAAGGUGCAUGAUUCAAGUGGGAGCAGUGAGCUCCUUAGGCAGAGUUAAAACAAUUCGCAUCCAUGAUCUUCUCAGAGACCUUUCACUCUCCAAAGGAAAAGAGGAAUAUUUUCUCAAAAUAUUUCAUGGCAACAUGGCACCCUCGUCCACCACUUCUCAAUCUCACUCUCAGCAGCCAACCAGAUCCCGGCGCCUUUCUAUACAUUCUUGUGACGACCGGUAUGACUUCUUAAAACACGGUGCUCAUCAUUCGCGGUCCCUGCUGUUCUUCAACAGAGAGUAUAAUGAUAUAGUGGGGAGAAUCUGGUUCCACUGGAAUUUCCUCCAAGAACAGAAAUUGAAUUUCAUCUACAGGAAAUUCAAGCUACUCAGGGUGCUGGAAUUAGACGGUGUUCGGGUUGUUAGCCUGCCAAGCACAAUAGGGGACCUGGUUCAGCUAAGGUACCUAGGAUUGAGAAAGACUAAUCUAGAAGGAAAACUGCCACCUUCCCUUGGAAACUUGAAAAACCUGCAGACACUUGAUUUGAGGUAUUGCUGUUUUCUCAAGAGAAUACCAAAUAUAAUUUGGAAGAUGGUGAACUUGAGACAUUUGCUGCUGUAUACUCCAUUUGACUCUCCAGACAGUGGACAUUUAAGAUUGGAUACAUUAACAAAUCUGCAAAGCCUACCCUACAUUGAUGCUGGUAAGUGGAUAGAAGACGGCGCUCUAGCCAAAAUGAGCAAUCUCAGGCAGCUGGGGAUAUAUGAAUUAUCAGGAAAAAUGGUGAAUUCUGUGCUUUCCACCGUGCAAGGUUUUCGCAACCUUCAUUCGCUAACUCUUUCACUUCAAUCCGAAGAGGAUGAAUUUCCAAUGUUUAGGCAGCUGUCUCAGUGCAUUCAUCUUGAGAAGCUCUCUUUGAUUGGAAAGAUCAGGAAGCUGCCCGAUCCACAUGAAUUCCCUCCAAAUCUUUUGAAACUAACUCUGCAUAACUCCCACCUGCAGAAGGAGUCAAUUGCCAAACUCGAGCGGUUGCCUAAACUCAAGAUGCUCAUAUUGGGCAAAGGUGCAUACAAUGUGCAGGAACUGAGCUUCAAUGCUGAAGGGUUUUCGCAAUUGAAUAUUUUGCGGCUUAUUCAGUUGAAAGAAUUGGAAGAAUGGACUGUUGAGGAAAGAGCACUUCCUAGGCUUGAGCACAUGCUUAUUGAUGGCUGUGAGAAGCUGAGAACGAUUCCAGAAGGACUCAAGACUCUCACUUCUCUCAAGAAAAUAAAAAUUAUAGGAAUGUCGGUCGAAUUUGAACAUAGACUUCGAACUAAUGAUGUGCCGGAGUUCAAGUAUGUUACUCCAGCAAUUGAAUCUUCCAUGGACAUUUUGGCAGUUGGUAUGCUGAUUCGUUCACCGAUGCUUCUAUUUGAAGUUUGAUAUAUAAAAUACAUUUAUGCAUUGGUGUAAAGGAUUUAGGAAGCUCACUUUGAUUGCUGCAUUUUAUAUUACAGAUUGACAAUCAGCACAAUGUUGAAGAGUAAGCACAAACCUUCAUCCAAGGCAUGGAAACAUUUUCAGGAUCUAGCAGGUACAUUUCAUUUGCCAUUGAACAUUAAUGAGUCAUCUAUCUCUCAAAAGGAAAUCCAUUUUUUAUGCAAAAGGUCAAGAUUUAUUGCAACUUUAAAGUUUUAACGAUCUGAGUCUCGGACUAUUACACAUUUGUAUGACUCAUUUAGUAAGUUAGAAUUCUGUUAGAAUUGUUAGAGUUGAUUAGUUCAGAAUUAGUAUGGGAUAAGUUAGUCCUUACUCUCCAUUAACCAACUUUCCCGCUAUUAAUGCAUUUAUACAUGUCAACUUCUGCAUUAAUUUAAUGCAAGUUAUGAUUUCUCUCAUUUCUCAUCUGUUAUACUGACUUGUAUGAAACAGCAAGAAUUUUUGUGUAAUAUUCACUCAUUAAAUCAUGAAGGAUAAAGAGA